AUGGAGCUGAAGAGAGGAAAGACCUUCAUCAAAUCCAGCCUGCAGAUUUCCCAUGAGAAAGCUCCAGAUCCAGCAGCCGCCACUCUGGCCAGGGAGGAUGCAAGUCCCUGGUCAGUCUCACCAGGAGGGCAACAGAAACCCCAGAGUGAAAGGGCCCCGCAGGUUAGUCCCAGCGCCCAAGGAUAUGACAGAUGCUCCAACAAGGAAGCAGAGCCAGAACCCGAGGUGGGGGCUGCAGCCUUUUGUGGAGCCACCUUCAAACUGGUACGAAAGAGCAAGACUCAUGACAGUGUGCCUGGGGCUGGCAGGGCGAGCACAACCACAGGGCAGCUGGUGGGCAGUGCAAGCUUCCCAGGGCCCCCCAGCAGCCAGCGCAUGAUUGAUUACCGCCACUUUGUGCCCCAGAUGCCCUUUGUGCCCGCUGUGGCCAAGAGCAUCCCAAGGAAGAGGAUCUCCCUGAAACGACCUAAGAAGUGCUUUCGGAACCUAUUCCACAUUCGCAGAAACAAGACUGAGAACUUGGCCUCACUGGUGACCAAGGGGGAGAGCCUGUCUUCCCCUGGGGGCCCAUCAGAGGCUAGCGGGCAGACAGGCAAAGCCUUCUUCCCCUUAGGUGAGGGACUGGGGCCCGACAGCCUGUUCCAGGACCUAUCUGACAAUGAGCUCCUGCCUGACUCUUCUGUUGACCUCUGCAGGGCCCUAUGUGAGGAUGUGGCCUCACUCAAGAGUUUUGACUCUCUCACGGGCUGUGGGGAGAUCUUUGCAGAUGAAAGUUCAGUGCCAUCCCUGGAACUGAAUGAGGGCCCAGAGAGCCCAACCCAGGUAUCACAGGCCCUUGAAAGCAAGGUUCUUAGGGGCCCCUUCCAGGGCAGUGUGGAGCAGCCGGCAUCACCCGCCCAAAACGAGUUGUCUGACUUUGCCAAGUUCUGGGACAGUGUGAAUCACUCUGUGAAGCAGCAGCACCGUGCCCUACUGGGGCCAUGGCUGGGGGGUCCCCAGGGCACAGACACAGACCGGCCCAGGCUGGAUGCAGCUGGGCUUGCUGAGCUACCCCUGUGUCCCUGUAGGGACCCCCACAGUGGCUCCAAAGCCAGCUCCAUAGACACAGGUACCCCUAAGAGUGAGCAGCCAGAAUCCGUGUCCACGAGUGAUGAGGGCUACUAUGACUCAUUUUCACCUGGCCUUGAGGAGGACAAGAAGGAGGCUUCAAGUCCAGGCACACCAGCAGCCUUCCCCCGGGACAGCUACAGUGGAGAUGCCCUCUACGAGCUCUUCUAUGACCCCAGCGAGGGCCCUGUUGGCCCAAGCCUGGAUGAUGACCUAUGUGUGUCUGAGAGUCUGUCAGGGCCAGCCCUAGGAGCACCACUGUCCAUGUGCAGCUUCCAUGUGGGGGCAGAGGAGAACUUGGCCCCAGCACCAGGCCCAGACCUGCUCAGCCAGGGCUUUUUGCAAAGCUCCUGGAAGGGCAAGGAGUGCCUGCUAAAACUCUGUGACACCGAGCUUGCCAUCACCAUGGGCAUUAUCAACUGGCUUCGCCGUGGCCCUGAACUCCGCACCCCACCUGCCUCAGCCCCUGGAGAAACUGCAACCUCACCCAGGGGACAGGCAGAGAAGCUGGAGGGCAGGGAGGCUAGGGCUUCAGAUGCAGGUAGGACCGCUGUGGGCUCAGCACCCAGCAGGCGGGAGCUGUGGGCACAUUCGGGUCCCAAGGGCCUGCUUGCUGGAGAGAGCAAGGUCCUAGGAGGGCCCGAGCAGGGAACCAGCAUUCUGUCCAGGGACCCAUCUCUGGAGUGUGUGCAGGUCUCUGGAGAAGGAAAGAUGCAAGGCUGCCAUGAAGGCUUGUUCUCCUCUGUGGGGUCUGCAGCCUCUGCAACAAAAGACACCUCUAGCAAAAGUAAGGUCCCAAACCCUUGGCCGGGCUUCCAGGAGCCCAGGCCUCCUGGGAAUCUGGAGUGUUUCCAAGGUCCCUGGAGGCCAGGUCCUGGCGGAAGCACCCUCAAUGUAGAGCCCACCCUGACAGGCUGUGUGGCCCAGGUUGCAGCCCUGCACAUCCACCCAGACUGCCAGCCCCCUACUACACAGUCCCCAAGGCAGGACACAAGCAGUGAGUUCUGUAGGCACCCUCAGGCCAGAGGCUCUGAUAUUCUCCAGCAGAAACAGACUAACAGCUUCCCUAGCAUGCCAAUUGUGUGUGGCCUGCCCUCCCUGGCUAGUCCACUCCACAGCCCACAGGACCAGAGGUGCCCAGGCCACGUCCUGGGCCUUAGCCAGCUCAGGGUGGAGCCCACCAGGAUGGAUGCCCAGGCUCAUCAUGCCUCUAUGGAUGACCAGCCCCUGCAGCUCAGUUCAAGGGCUGUGGAGCAGGCAAUACAUAGGGGCCAGCUAGAUUUGUAGCCCCUCUUGGCCCUACUAUCCAGCUGAGCCCCUGGGGCCAACUGCCAGGAAUCCUAGACAUCACCUCCAACAGCCAGUACAAGUGAGCCCCCCUCUGCAAGUGCCCCAGAAAGUUGCUACAGUUUCCUGGCCCAUGAAGGCCUCCUCUGCAACCAACCGGAAAUAGGAGCCCCCAGACCAGCAUGGCUGAGCCUCACCUAUAGCAUGGGGCCUCACUUACCAGAAACUGUGUCUUUGUGGCCACAUUCAAGAGAACCUAACACCCAAAUCUCCACCCUUUGUCCCUGA